UAAUCGCCGUUUUAAUAAAUAUUUAAAUACUCUGAGUCAACACAACCUCGGCUCAGCUUACAAAACACUCUCCCAGGACGGCAUAUUUAAAACUUUUCAGUUUGAAUUUCGUUAAAACUUAAACCGCCAUCCAACACGGAUUGGCAUCAUAAACAUAUAGGUAGCAAUCCACUCAUUUGUAUACAAUAAUAAAUUUUCCACAAGAAAGUUGUUGCUAGCACAUGUUUGCCUACGUUCGUAUGGCUGUUGCUGCUGCUGGUGCUUGUAGUUGUUCACAAAACCACAUUGCCCAGCCAAAAGACAUCGUCCACGACAGGACAGCACUUCACGUGCAUGUUGCGUUACAAAUUCCAUUCCCAGCUCGAAGAUGAACUGCAACCCCCACCCCGCCGUUACCGUGUGCCAGCAGCAUGUCCAUGUUCACAUUUAUCUCCUGCAGUUACAGUGGAUUCACCCAUUGAACAACAACGAAAAAAAAGAAAGAAAAAAAAACAGUCUCCCUUUCUCACCACUCCUUUCUCAGCAAAACCAUUGGUGCGUCAUUUUCGGAGCAUAGUAAAUCUUGGCUGCACCUUCCGCUGCAUUCUGUGCCGCUUGUUUGCUAUUUAGAUUUACAAUCGGGCGAUCUAUUAAAAUUAUGCAAAAAUUCGCCACCCAUCCCAUCGCCCCAUCGGCCGCCUUAUCCAGUCCCUGCCGGCGCAUGCACAGCCUCGUUUGCGGCUGUGAGAGUGGCAAAAUCAGGCCAGGCACCGCCGGUGCUAUUGCUCGCGGCGACUGACGAUUUCGAGUCGUUUCGGGGGGAAAAACGGGGAUGGCGCUGGCCGUCGUUUGCACCCGUACCGCAGCCACGGUGAGGAUCAUUGUGUAGUACGAACGACACUGGCGUCGCGGCUAGACCAGCCAAGUCAGAGUCCAGUGUCAUCUCAAUUCCCAGGAAUUGGCCAACUAUUUUUAAACCCCUUGUGCGCUGGAUGGUUGCAAAUCGAAAGCACGAAUCCCAAGCGGCUGCAGCAGAUGGGAAUGAAUUUCAACCUAAUUAAAAUAUGUUACACUUUCCGCACCAGCCACAUUGGCUUAUGCUAAAGGCAACCUUCCCGGACUCGUAUCGUUAUCGAUCGUCUCAGGAGACUCAAGGUGGAAAGGCAAAAAUCAGCUUACCUUUACGAUCGCUUGGAAAUGGUGGAAAUUGCCUGUUAUUCAAUGUGUGUAAUGAUUUCAGUGCGUUUAUGUUUUUUUUCGUGCAGGCUCGUUUUUGCAUAUUUAAUCUACACAUGACUUACCGCUUCUUCCACGUUCUAUCUGCAAAUCGCUGGCAUCCUCGUCGUGUCCGGUUGUGCGGCAAGCCGUUUUUUUCUACGAUCGCGUUGCGUUGAACAGCUGGGCCUGGAAGUGUCUCAUUAAGGAAGGAGGAACGAACAAACAAACCAAAAUGUGCCUCCCUUGCGCGCGGGCCGUUCGAUUCUGAUCGAUCCACUUCACGCGCACCUGAGCCCCUGUGUUUGAGGGGGCUGUGUUGCAACACAUCGACGACAGAAUGGCGAACCCGUGCUUCGAUCCUGCCACCGCACCGUACCCAGCCACCGUGUACAUCCAUCUGUGGCCCCGGGAGGCGUAAAGUUUUCCAACGCCAACGGCACGCAUCCGCAGCAGAAGGAGCAGCAGCAGCAGCAGCAGCAAACAGCACCGACAGAAACCCCUACGGCUGGGACACGGUAAUUGAAAAUUCAAAACGAACCCCAACACGUACACGACGCGAGUGGUGUUACCGGCGGAGAGCUGUCCCGCAUCUAAACCUACACACGCCCGGGUACGGUGCUGCGUCUGGUGCACCCGGGUCGGGGCGAUUUUGUUGUUUGGCGUCUACAGCCGAAGGCCACUCUCCUGGUGGGCCUCGACACCCUUCCCGAAAACCCGCCAACCGGAGGAAUGACGAAUUUAAACAAGCUCAAGGUGGUCGUCAUUGGCAGCGCCAAAGUUGGCAAAUCGGCCGUCACGGUGCGUUAUCUCACGAAGCGUUACAUCGGGGAGUACAGCUCGGCGAGAGACUUCCUGUACCGGCAUAGUGUCACCUAUGACAAUAUUACGACCGAGGUGGAAAUUAUGGACACUUCCCGGUGUGAUAAGCGGGGCUGCUUGUACGAACAUCUCCGCUGGGGAGACGCAUUCGUGGUCGUGUACUCAAUCUGUGAUAAGUCAAGCUUCGAGGAGGCGGCCGACUACCUGCAGCAGCUGACCAAGCUGAAGCUGCCCUCCUACUACACGCUCCUGCUGCUGGGCAACAAAAGUGAUCUCGAUCAUGCGAGGGAAAUCUCCGUUAAUGACGGACAGGAGCUCUCGUUCCGCUACUCCUGCCAGUUCUACGAGGUAUCGGCGGCGGAAAAUUUUGCCGGCGUUUCGCUCGCCUUCCAUUCGCUGAUCCGCGAGGCCCGCUCGACCCAGCUAUUUCGGGCGCUGCCGAUGCGAAGGAAGCUGGGCGUCAACAGUGUAUCGAAAGCGCUCGGGAACAUUUUUGGCAAGAACAGCAAGGGCGAGCGGAAGAAACGACCCUCGCUUAGCAUAUGACAGCCACCGGUUAAUGCUGGCACCAGGGACACCAAGCACCAUCGACAUCCGAGCCUGCCUUAAGCGGGGUUGCAUUUCUUUUUUUUUGUUUUAAUUUUGUAUUUUUACUGAUUGCACGAUGUACAUAUACAUAUUUGUAACAGACUUAGCUUCUAUGUUACUACCUAUGUUAGAUGCUAGAUCAAGUGUAAAGAAUAGUGAGUAAUAAGCAACUGUGACACCAAUGCAGCCAUUCCUGAGGGGACCAUACCCUUGUUUUUAGUAAGUUAGUGAGUUUUUUUUUUACAUUACAUGCAACAGUGCUAGAUUCAAAGUACUAAAUUCAAAUCUUGCCGGGCAAACGGUGAGCUUGUUUCGAACAGCAGUUGUAUUACGUUCCUAUCAGAUCAGUUCCGUAGGAUAAGACACACGGAUUGCCUAACAAAUAUUGUAAAGAAAAGUAAAAUAAAACCCAAGUAGAACGAAGAUAACUAAACCUUUUCAUUAUGCUUUUAAGGUUACAUGAGUAAAACAGUCCCUCGUUCGAAAUCGCUUGUUGGUUUUGAUGUAAGAUCCUAUUGAGAAAGAAAAAAAACUGGGAUAUAAAUAUGAAUUGCUGUCUACCAGAAUAUGAAUAUAAAUAUCGACAUUCAAAACGAUCUGCUAGUGCAACGAGUAUCCGGAAUCGGAUUCGGAACUGGAAUCGAUUUUGCUUCGGAAACUUCUAAUUUCAAUUCUAGAGCUGGUUCUGAUUCCGAAGUCAAUUUCAAUUGCAAAGUUGAUUGCGAUAUCCGGGUCGAUUUCGAUUCUCAAGUCAAUUUUGAAUCCGGAACAGAUUAAAAAAUUAAUUCCGUAAAAUCAUUCUGGACCUACUCUGCAGCAUCGAUUCCAACUAGAUGUUCCGAUUCCAAGCUUUUACUGCUAGCAUAGACAAUAAUAACUUUUGUACAAUAAUAGCGAGUGUACCGCCAGACCGGCCCAAUGGUGACUGGUGCAUAAUAAAAAUAGCAAAAGCCAGCCUUUACCACCAACGAUCAUCCCAAACAGCCAAAUUUGCCAUCUGUUGAGCACACGCCACACGCCAUCUAUUGAGCAAACCAGUGAAGCUACGGAGCUUUAGUUUUUUUCUAUGGAUAUUCGAUUUUCCAAUCGUUUAAGCUUAAUCUGUGGCGCUUGUGAAGUUCCAUCAUGAUCCAUAAACAUCAGGCUAACCAGCCGCAAGGUUCCAAAGAGUACCGAGUGCUUGUUAAAAAGCGCCAUAGUUCCGCAAAGUACCGUUUCUUAAUCACCCAAAUAGUCAGCUCGUACUUUAUAGCUGAUUUGGGGCUGUUUAUCGAAAAGUAGUUCCGAUGUCGUACUUUGUGGCUGAUUAAGAGAUAGAUGGUACUUUGCGGAACUAUGGAGCUUUUUAACAGGCACAUGGUACUCGCAGGAACUUUUUAACUGAUUAGCCUGAUGUGUAUGGUUAACGAUGGAACUUGAAGGCUUGUUAAGAAAGCGUACCGCACUUGGUGGAACUUUAUAGCUUUUUAAUGCAUGACAUCGGUACGAGGUGGCCCUUGUCAAAUUGUCAAAGACUGGUGCCGUCAAUCGUCUCGUUGCUGCUGCCCAAGCCAAAUAAGUUAAUUGAAGGAGGAAUAUUGAAUGAAGUGCUUGUGAUUUUACAGUAAAUUGUGUGAAUAAUUGAUGAAUAUUAAGGAUUUAAAAAUAUACACAUGUACUCAAACAAAA